AUGUUUCCCGCCGCUAUUCGCUGUGCUCGCCGGCUCACGUCAUGCCCCGUCAGCACCGUCUACGCGCGUGGCUUCGCGGCGUCGCAAAACACUCCGGAAGCCCCUCCGCCAUCAUCCAAGCCCGAGCCGCAUGCCGACCUCAAUACAGUGCUGGAGCGCAACAUGAACACGCUGCUGGUCACGGAGCUGGCGCGCGGCAUGGGCCUCACGCUCAAGUACUUCUUCGAUAAGAAGCUCACUAUCAACUACCCGUUUGAGAAGGGCCCUCUGAGUCCGCGCUUCAGGGGCGAGCACGCCCUGAGGCGCUACCCCACUGGCGAAGAGCGCUGCAUCGCAUGCAAGCUCUGCGAGGCCGUGUGCCCGGCCCAAGCCAUCACGAUCGAAGCAGAGGCCCGUGAGGAUGGCAGCAGGCGAACCACGAGGUACGACAUAGACAUGACCAAGUGCAUCUACUGCGGGCUGUGCCAGGAGGCGUGCCCCGUGGACGCCAUCGUGGAGGGCCCCAACUUCGAGUUCGCCACCGAGACCCACGAGGAGCUGCUGUAUGACAAGGAGAAGCUGUUGGAGAAUGGGGACCGGUGGGAGACGGAGAUUGCCAACAACAUGCAGACCCAAUCCCUCUACCGCUGA